UAUAUAAAGAUGUCGCUUGAUUUAUGGAAUUGUGGGUAAUAAAAGUGGCCAUAUUGAUGUCAAAAAGAUCUCAUUUAAGAAACUCAUAAAGCUUUAAGAUGGCUGCGGGACCGUAUAAUUACUCAUACAUAUUCAAAUACAUAAUCAUAGGAGACAUGGGUGUUGGGAAAUCAUGUCUGCUUCACCAGUUCACAGAAAAGAAAUUUAUGGCAGAUUGUCCGCACACUAUAGGAGUAGAGUUUGGUACAAGAAUAAUAGAGGUGUCAGGUCAGAAAAUUAAACUGCAGAUUUGGGACACUGCUGGUCAAGAAAGGUUCCGUGCUGUUACUAGGAGUUAUUAUCGCGGUGCAGCGGGCGCACUCAUGGUCUAUGACAUCACAAGGCGGAGUACAUAUAAUCAUUUAAGCAGUUGGUUAACAGAUGCUAGGAACUUAACAAACCCAAACACAGUAAUCUUUCUAAUCGGGAACAAAUCAGAUUUGGACGGACAACGAGAUGUCACGUAUGAAGAGGCUAAACAAUUUGCAGAUGAAAAUGGUUUAAUGUUCCUAGAGUGCAGUGCAAAAACGGGCGAGAAUGUAGAAGAUGCUUUCUUAGACACAGCCAAGAAAAUUUAUCAAAAUAUACAAGAUGGAAGCCUGGACCUGAAUGCAGCUGAAUCAGGAGUACAACAUAAACCUACAGCCCCCAGGAAUGCCAUUAAUACAGACCAACCAGCUGCCAAGGAGGGCUGUUCAUGUUAGCAUCGUAUAUUGCAAUAUAGACCUUUAUGAAUAUAUAUAAGAACCAUCUAAAUGGCAAACUCAGUAACGUCAAAAUGGCAAACUCUUAUGGGUUUGAAAAUGAAACAUUCUAUGGGGAGAUCCAGAUAUUAAUAACAGAUUCUAUCACCAAUUUUAGCAAAUAUUCAAAUAAAUAUUCAGUGAUGUUCAUGUUUAUUUAACUCAAGUAAAAGGUUAUGUCAAAAUAUUGUUUUUCAAACUGUGGGAGUUUUCUGUGAAAAAAAAUUAAAAGUUUUCAAUGAAUUUGGACAUUCUGCAUCUUCAAAAACUUUGAUCUUUGACAAGAUAUCUCAAUUAUCUUUUCCAAAAAUUGAAUUAGGAUUGAAAGGAAAACAUAAGAUGUUUUUGAAAGGAUUGCUUACAACAUUUUAGUCACCAAUAUUUCUAUUUCCUAAAAGUUUGUACUUCAAAUGUAGAGAUAUAUUAAGAUACAAUGUCAAAGAACAAACUGUCAUCUGAUCCACCAACAAUAUAUUAACAUUUUUUAAAAAAUUUUUCUUUAUAUUUUAUCUAUUUAUUUCAUGAAUCUUAUUUUUAAUUAGAUAUAUUAAC